AAGCAGCUUUUUGUCUCCUCUUUUACAGUCUUUUUUUUUGCCUCCACCCCUCUCUCUCACUUCAUCACCCCUUUUCCUGGCAUUAAGUCCAGACCUGACACUGACACUGACUCUGUGUGUCAUCCCUCUCUCUCUCUUUCCCUCUCUCCCUCAUUGCUUCAAGGACCAGAGUGCCUGCAGAUGCAUUUCUCUGUAGCCCACUACCCCUCCCUCGCCUCCUCUCUUUCGCCCUGUCUAACUCUCUCCAUCUUUCUCUCGCUUUCCUCUCCUCCCAUGCUCCCUCUCUCUCUCUCGAACACAGUCUAACAUUAACAAAGCAAGAGAACAGAGAGAAGGAGAGAGGGAUGAACAGAAAGUGAUAGAGACACUGAGCAAGUGUGGACCACUUUUACAAUUCAUUCAUCUACCAGGGUUGGAGUGGUCUGGAUGAUAGAAGGAGAGGGUCAGUGUUUUCUCACAGGUGACAUUUGAUGUAUGACAAUCUGACCAUGCUGAACUUACAAAACAGCUCCAACUGGACCGGCCCAAACAACUGGUACCACCCGGCCGACACCAUCACUCCCCAACAUGGGACAGAUGGUUGUGUGGAAGAUCUGAAUGUGCAGAUGGCCGGAGCAGGGGAAGGAGUGGUGCAGGGAGAGAGGGAUGAGGUGGACGAGUCGCAGCUCCACCUGCAGCUAAAGAGGAAGCUGCAGAGGAACCGCACCAGCUUCACCCAGGAGCAGAUCGAUGCCCUGGAGAAAGAGUUUGAAAGGACUCAUUACCCAGAUGUCUUUGCUAGAGAGAGACUGGCUGCAAAGAUUGAUCUUCCAGAGGCCAGAAUUCAGGUAUGGUUCUCCAAUCGGAGAGCUAAGUGGAGAAGAGAGGAAAAGCUGAGAAACCAGAGGAGAUCAGGGGGCACCAGUUCCUGUUCUCAGACACAUACACCCCUGAACACGUCCUUUACCUCCCCUGUAUAUCACUCCCAUCACAGCAACAGCUCAGGCUCAAUGCACAGUCGGAGUGAUUCGUCUCUCUCAGGCUAUAGCUCUCUGUCUGUCUUCUCCAGUAUGCAGUCUUUGCCGUCCCAGUCCACUCCAACAUACUCCUGCAUGUUGCCUCCUUCUCCUUCUGCCCUCCCGCCUCUCUCCCGUAAAUUUGACUCCUCAUCUUACACCUCUCCCCACCUCCCUCCCCCACCCACGGCCAGCGCAAACACAGGAUUCUUUCCCGGUGUUUCCGCAGCAGGGCAGACUGCGGUUCAAGGCAGUGAUCAGGAGCUGGGACAUGGUCUGGGGCAGUACUGGACCAGGCUGCAGUAAAAACACACCUUAUCAUUAUCAGACAAAACCAGCAGAGCUUCAAUCAGCGACUUUGAGCAAAUUAUUUAACAAAACGUGUGUCAGGAAACCCUACUUAUUUAGAUUAUGUACACAUCAGGGAAGCAGUCUAUGUAAGCCAUAAUCCUGUGGAAGAAAUAAAAACGUGGAGCUCACUAACCU